AUGGCAUCGACAUUACUUGCGAAGAGACUGUUCGCAUCUUUUCUAUCCCCUGGCAUCGUGCUUCUUAUCGUCUUCAUCCUCACCAUCACAAAGCUCUGCCUGAAUCGGUAUCAAAAGGGCCUUUGGAAACUUCCGGGACCAUGGUUACGAUCAAUUUCCACCAUUCCACGAAUGUGGUCCAUAUAUGCAACUCACAGUCACAUGUAUGAUAUUGAACUGCAUCGAAAGUACGGGAAGAUUAUCCGGGUUGCUCCAAAUACUCUCUGUGUCUCAGAUAUUUCAGAGAUCAACCAGCUUUACGGCAUCACAACCAAAUUUGUGAAAUCUGGGUUCUACAGCCUUGCGGAAGCCUUCGACGAGAAUGGCAAGCUUAUGCCAGAUCCCUUCAUUUUGAAGGAUAAAGAAAUGCAUACAAGAAUGAAACGGAAUGCAGCAAAUGCAUACUCACUCAACGCCUUAAUCCAACAGGAACCUUACGUAGAUACAGUCAUCAGUGGCCUCCUGGAGCUGCUUGACAAGUAUGCACAGAAUGGAAGUGUGUGCAAUAUCGGGGAUAUAGCUAAGAACUACGCUAUGGACGCGGUGACAUCCAUCACCUUCGGAAGAAACUUUAACUACCUGGAAAAGGGAGAUACAAUGAAGUUCUUCAGAGGUAUUGAUAUCUUCACAGACUAUAUGGCUAUUUUCGGCCAAGUCCCCUGGACACACAAAUAUCUACUGAGAAAUCCGACAAUAGCGAAAUGGUGGGUCGGCGAUGACUCCUCUCAGGCUGAAAUGAUUGCUAUGUCUGCAGUCGAGAUUGAGAAGGGCCGUACCAGGACAUCCGAGGAAGGACCUAUGACAUUCCUAGAAAGGCUGCUCCUCAACCAGAAGGCCAACCCUGGGGUAAUCACCGACCACGAGCUGCUCACUCACGCUUGGGGGAACCUCGCAGCAGGCUCUGACACCACAGCGACCGCAAUCCGCGCAGUAAUCUACCAUGUACUCAAGGAUGGCCGCGUUUACGAGAAGCUUCGUGACGAAGUUCGACAAAACCUGACCAUUCCUGUGUCAUUCGCUGCUGCCAACGGUUUGCCCUAUGUCACAGCCUGCAUACGAGAAGCAAUGAGAGUGCACCCUUCUGUCGGCAUGAUUCUGGUACGUACAGUGCCUAAAGGAGGAGCUACGAUCUGUGGGUAUUACAUAGCAGAAGGGGUGGAGGUUGGUAUGUCCCCGUACGUUCUUCAUUACGACGACGAAGUCUUUCCGGAACCGUACACUUUCCGACCCGAACGAUGGCUCGCAUCUGAGUCAAGUGAAGAGCAGCUCAAACAAAUGAAUCGAUCAUUUUUUGCCUUUGGCCAUGGGGCUCACACUUGCAGCGGACGACAUAUCAGCAUCCUCGAGAUAACAAAGAUGAUCCCAACGCUACUCUUAAAAUAUGAUAUGGAGCUGGUGAAUGGAGCCCGGGACUAUACAUUCAAGAAUCGCUGGUUUACGCCGCAGGAAGGCUUGCUCGUCACUUUGAAGACUAGAUAG